CCAUCUCGCGCUCAUGCGUCCUCUCUCUCUUCAACCACGACCACGAUGAUACGCACACUGCGCGCAUCGCCUGCCGUAUACGCAGCCCUUCGAGGAUGUCGAAGAGUGGGCACCACCGCCCAGCUGCCGGGACCAGGGCAUGCUCAUGGCCACCUACCCGCCUCGACGUCCCCCAUCACGUCGAAGCUACACUUCUUCAACUCCGUCAUGGAGGGUGGUAAGCAGAUCCCGACAUACCGCGUCAUCGAUGGCGCAGGCCAGCCGCUUGAGGGCGCCGUCGUGCCCGAGGAGAUCGACGAAGCCCUCGCUCGGAGGAUAUACGAGAACAUGGUCCAGCUCCCCAUCCUUGAUGACAUCCUCUACAACCUCCAGCGGCAGGGCCGCAUCGUCUUCUACAUGACUGCCUAUGGAGAGGAAGCCGCCAUCAUUGGCUCCGCUGCUGCCUUGGCUCCUGACGACGAGGUCCUCGCGCAGUACCGUGAAUCCGGCGUGCUCCUCUGGCGCGGAUGGGGGUUCGACAAUGUCAUGAACCAGUGCUUCGGCACCCACCUCGACGUCUGCGGCAAAGGCAAGCAGAUGCCCGUCCACUACGGCUCGAAGGAGCUGCAUUACCACACCAUCUCGUCGCCACUCGCAACGCAGAUCCCACAGGCCGCGGGCGUGGGGUACGCGCUCAAGCGCGAUCCCGCUCGGCGGGGCAAGAACUGCGCCGUCGUCUACUUCGGCGAGGGCGCGGCCUCCGAGGGCGACUUCCACGCGGGCAUGCUUCUUGCGUCGACGAUCCCUUCGCCGACGAUGUUCAUCGCGCGCAAUAACGGCUUCGCGAUCUCGACGCCGUCGUCGGAGCAGUACUACGGCGACGGCAUUGCGGCUCGGGGGCCUGGGUACGGCAUACACACGAUCCGCGUCGACGGGAACGAUGUGUUGGCGGUGUACUCUGCGGUCAAGGAGGCACGGCGGCUUUGUCUUGAGGAGGGCCGCGGUGUACUCGUCGAAACUAUGACUUAUCGCGUUGGCCAUCACUCGACGUCAGAUGACUCGUUUGCGUACCGUCCCCGCAAGGAGGUCGAGGACCGGAAGCGGUUAGACAACCCGAUCGUGCGCUUUAGGCUGUUCAUGGAGGCACGGGGCUGGUGGUCGAAAGACGAGGAGGAGGCGUUGACGAAGAGGGUCAAGCAGGAGGUGAUGACAGCGUACAAGAAGGCGGAGACGCUCCCGAAGCCCGAGCUGAGCGAGAUGUUUACGGAAGUGUACGGCGGGGAGGAGCCUUGGAAUCUGCGAGAGCAACGCGAGGAGCUGAAGCGGUUAGUAUGGAAGUAUGGUGAGGCUUGGGAACCGUGGAAGAGCGAACUGAAGAAGCACAAGGGCGGCGGCAAGGAUCUGUUGGACUAGCUUGAAAGACCGCGUCCGAAGAGGCCGAGGGAUACGUGGACUGUUCCAUGCGCCCAUAGCGGGCGCGAUGUACGGUAUCUUACGGCGUGCGUUCCCAGCAUUUUUGACUUCAAGCUCGGUCAGC